AUGAACGGCAAUACCAUACCAGAAGUCGGGACCCGUACCGAGCUCGCCUGGUCCAUCAAGGAAUUCCUCAUGGACCGCCCAUCGCUGCACCUGGGCGGACAGGAAGACUUUCACCAGGAGCGACGACACCACCUAGAAGUCUUUGGCUUCCACGCGCUGCCCGACAAGCUGCGCGCGCCCAUUGGCCGCGUCGAGUUUGCCGGCGUCGGCGGCCCGCACGGCACCGUGCCCAUUCGCCUGUUUUACCCACAGAACUACGAGGACAGCCGCCGCGGCAUGGCCAAGGGCAGCGUCAAGGUGCCCGCCCUCGUCUACAUGCACGGCGGCGGCUAUACCGUUGGCAGCGUCGAUGAGUUCGAGAAUGGUCUGAGGUUGUUGGCGGAAAAGGCAAACAUUAUUACUAUCGGCGUUGAAUAUCACCUGGCUCCAGAGUGGCCAUUCCCGACCCAGCUCGACGACUAUGAGGCCGUUAUUACUUGGGCCCAAGGCCCCGAGGGUGAAUCACGCGGAAUCGAUGGGGACCGCGUACUUGGUGGCGGUGACUCGGCCGGUGGUAACAUGACUGCUGCCUUGGCCCUUCGAAUGCAUGACGAGGGCAAGAAGCCCAUGAAGGCUCAGAUUCUGCUGUACCCCGAGGCUAGGCUGCCUUUUGAUACGCCCGCCGCCACUACGAAUAAUUCCGGCUUUUAUCUCGAAUGCAAUGGAAUAUUCUCCUUUGCUGAUCACUAUCUGCCUCGGGCGCCAAAUCAAAGCUACGCGCCCGGGCAUAGGUACGUUUCACCAGGUAUGCAGAAAGCCGACGAUUUAAAAGGUGUUCCACCGGCGGCAGUGUUCACUUGUGGCUUUGACCCGCUGAGAGACGUUGGUGUCGAAUACGCUGGCAAACUUCAAAAAGCUGGCAAUCAGGUCCACUGGCACCAUUUCCCCGAACUCACUCAUGGCUUCUUGCAAAUGGCACCUUGGAGUUCAGAGGCGACUACAGCCGUAGACAAGGUGGCAGACGAGCUCAAAAAGUUAUCCAGCACUUAG